CAGAUGGAGAGAGUUAGACUUCAAAGGUACAUCUUUAGGUCUGUGUCUCUGAACGAAUGCGCGCCGACCUUGGAGUCUCCAGACGCGCAGAAGAGGAUUUUGCGCACUGAAAUCAAGUAGAGCCUAAAAGCGGAGACAGCGAGCUGACUAUUGUCUGUCUGACUGCAGUCCUGGCACUGGGAUACGGGCACGCUUGGUUGUGUUUUACUGCGCACACUGACAACUUAAGAACAACAUUGCUCCGGAUUAACUGAACUGCUUAACGUAGACGAUUCACUACAGCAGACGAGCCAAAGAGUCCCAGCUGCUCAGGGGAAAGUACCUCGACAUCCUGAGAGACGUUUUGAGGGGAUUUUAGGUCUCUUUGCCGAACGUGGACUGAAAGAGGAUGAUCCCAGCCGCCUUACCGAAAUAAGUGAGGUAUUGCCUUUGCGAAACGGUGAUUAUAGAGAUGUUUCAGUGGCAUGAGCGUCUUCACCUCUCCAAAUCUUCCAGAGAGGAUUUAACCGCCGCUCAUCGUGAAUAAGUCGACAAGUCGUUGAAGAUGAGUCCUCUGCAAACGUUCUUGUUGUUUUUCCUCCUGCACCAGGUCUUGUGCAGGAAAGUGCAUGGAGGAGUCACAGAACUCAUUGAGUGGAGGGACAGCGAUAAUCAACAGAAGAUAUCUCCCACUGGGGCCAGUCCACGGAUCCUCAACCCCCUGCGUUUGUUUGCCAGGGGCCCCCCCGAGUUCAAGAGUAACAUCAGGGAAAUGGCAUAUUUACACAACAUGGAGGACUUUUGGGACUGGUUAUCUAACCAGACAGAUGUUCAGGGUGCACAGGCCAGAACUAAACGCAGACCCAUCGUCAAGACUGGCAAAUUCAAAAAGAUGUUCGGGUGGGGAGACUUCCACUCCAACAUCAAGACUGUCAAGCUCAACCUGCUGAUCACAGGGAAGAUUGUGGACCACGGGAAUGGUACCUUUAGCGUUUACUUCCGUCACAACUCUACGGGCCUGGGAAAUGUAUCGGUCAGCCUGGUGCCACCUUCCAAGGUGGUGGAGUUUGAGAUCGCCCAGCAGUCCACACUGGAGACCAAAGACACCAAAUCAUUCAACUGUCGCAUUGAAUAUGAGAAGACGGAUCGCAACAAGAAGACUGCCUUGUGCAGCUUUGAUCCAUCCAAGGUGUGCUAUCAGGAGCAGACACAGAGCCAUGUGUCAUGGUUAUGCUCAAAACCCUUUAAAGUCAUAUGCAUCUAUAUAGCCUUUUACAGUGUGGACUAUAAACUGGUCCAGAAAGUAUGCCCUGACUAUAACUACCACAGUGACACACCUUACUCCUCCACAGGGUGACCUAGUUGUUGUUAGUCUGCAUCAGCCUUUUGUUUUAUCUUCAAAUAAUGUCAAUGUCAAGCUCUAAACUCCUUGUCCCAAAAUACCUAAAUACCUGAGACAUGUUGCAGGAAGUGCAACUUAUUAAGGGACACACACACCGGAGGGAUUUGGUGAAACUUUUGUAUAUACUACACAAGUAUACAAGUUUAACACUUCAGAUAGUUAGGUGUACAGGGACUUGGCUUUAGGGGUUGGCUUGGGAUUCAAGAGGUAGCUACUAACUCUGGAUGAAUCUACCCCAUCGCAACAGCACAUGUUCUCUGUAAACCACUGGUAUAAUUAGUAUGUUGUCCAGAUGUUUCCUUCAAGGCUAGACCAUAGGCAUGGAGCUCUCCUGAGUUGGAAGUACAUAGCUGGCUUCUGCAAGAGCUGCACUCAUGCCAACAUUUUCAAACAAUUUUCUCACCUUAUUUAAACGGUAAUGGGAUGAAGUAUGACAAGACUUUAAAUAAUGUUAACAAUUGCAAUACCUAAACAUUAAUAAAGCUAUUCAACGGGGCAUAAAAUUAAAAAAAAUCCCAUUUGGAACACUACAUUAAGAAUGAUUAGUCAAAAUGUUCUGCUCAUUGCCAUUGAAGUACUGCUAACAUCCAUUCAUACCUGUUAACAGAAUACAGAAAGGACAGUGUCUAUUAUUUCAAAUUAUUUUGAUCAAUGGAAUUGUUUCAUUAACGAAUGAAUAAUUAAUAUGAUCGUACAACUGAUCUGUUAUGUUUCUCUUGUGGGGACUGAAAUCAAAUGACUUGAUUGAUUCAACCCAAUUCCUAAAGUGCUCAUGACAAAAUAAAUUCAUCCAACUAAUCUAAUGCAUAAAAAACCUUAAAGCAUGUUCAUAUGUUACUAACAUACUGUAUGUAGGUACCUAUCCUCGCUUAACAUGGCUGCAGCCUUGUUUGCGCCUUGAAAUGUGUUGGUUUUCUGCUACAAUUAUCAUAAGGCAUGUGUAUGCUAAACUAGUCUGAGAUCCAACAUCUGUGUUUGCAGGAUGCACUUUGAGGCAUCAGCCUGCCUAGUGAGCCCCACAGUGGAUUAAUGUGUCAGGAGAGGUGGGGAGGGGGAAGCAAUAAUUGCAGGACAGGUGGAUUUAGUGAGUCUGGCAGACAAUUAUCAGCACUUUGUCAUGGUUCUGCCACCAGCCCUGACAUUACCUGUCUUUAAUAGGCUUUAAUUAGCCUGGGAAAUUUCAUUUACCAAGAGUGGAGAAACAAAAAGGUGGGGGUGAAGGCAAAAGUACAAAAUCCAUCUGCAAUUUUAAUGAGAAGAGGGACUAAAUUUGAAAUAUAACACAUUUCCCAAUAGUACAGCAGGCUUAAGUUGACUGACUUUGUGUAAAAGUGGAUAACAUCCACUCUUGUAGUACAUGGUGUGAUGUGUUUGACUCGGAAAUCACUCACAAGUCAAGUUUUUUAAGGUUUUGUUAAAAACCAUUCCCACAUUAAAUGAGAGGAGUUUUGUUAUUUGGAGAUACCCAGAGCUUUUAGGUUAGGGCAUGUGGCACUGCAGACAAAUCAUUCAUUUUUGUCAGUGUCAUUUUAUUUGAUGUAUUUCAUGUCUUUCCACAUCAGCUGUAAAUGAUUCUAUCACCUUAUACAUAAGGUGAGGUGUAUGAUAAGGAACUAAACUCGGAGUUGAUCUAUGUUGAUGUUUUGGUUCUUCUCCUUUGUGCAAAUGCUGUGUGUUAAUGUGUAAUUCUAAAACUAAAUGUGUUUAUUAAUUAUGGUUUUAAAGUAAAUGAUGUCAGAUUACCCUCAUUUUUCCAGAGAACUAUAUAAAGUAUACUGUACCUUAUUUUUUGGUGUUUGUUAAUAUCAUGUAGAUAAAUGUCAUAUUUCAGCUUAUAGUUAGAUUGCUUUGAUUUCCAUUUUUGUAACUGUAGAUUGUACGUAUUUCAAUUCCUGCUUGCUCAAAAUUGUUUCAAUAGUUUCCCUUGUAAAAUACGAGUAAGAGCUCUUCUGUGUAUAGUGUAAUUACACCUUUUAUUUUGGAAUAUUUGAUUUCAGAUUUUGUUAAAAUGUAACUGUAAAGAUCAAUUUAGGUUUUUAU